GUUAUUCGGCGGACGCAUAAAUAGUCGUUUCGUGCGACGGAAAAAAAUAUCGAAUACCUAUUUUUAAAGUUUUGUCAACGCCCUACAAUCCUACGGUAGGGCUUGCAUUUAGAGCGAGCGUAGACGUGUUUUUAUAACGAAAAAGGUUCAUUGACAUGUACUUAAAAUCCAAAUUUAAUUAGUGUUGCUGUUACUUCAUUUUUUAUUUAUUUUAAUAGUAUUUUUUUAAUAUUGUCAGUGAUUAUUGACAUGGGUUUUAAGAAUAAUCGUGAAAAGGCAGUUGAAUUAGACGAUGUUUUGCGUGAUUUUUCAGUGACACAAAAGUAUCAUGUGAUAUGUGGUUUUCUUCUGUUUAUGGCGUUCGCUUCGAAUACGUUCACUGGUAGUCAUUUUGUGUUUGCCGCCGAAUUUGUUCAGUACAAAUGUAACAACUCAGUAGAACAAUGUAACGUGAACGCACCAUCAAACGUGACAUUUGAGAAUCAAUUUGACCAGCAGUGCUACGCGAGGGUGCCACUAGACGAGGCUGCUACUUGCUUCGAGGUGAACCAAUCCAAGCUCGUGCCCUGCAAUGACUGGGUCUAUGAGAACCCUGACAGCUUUGUGGGUGAGUUCCAGUUGGGCUGCCAGGAGUGGAAGCGGACCCUGGUUGGGACUAUGCAUAGCUUCGGCAACAUGAUCGGAUUGCUAUUCAUUGGGCCUUUAUCUGACAGUAUAGGAAGAAAAAAGGCCAUAAUAAUGACAGGAGUCUUCGGAGGAGUACUGGGACUAGUGAGAAGUUUCGCCACCAACUAUUGGUUAUACGUGGUUCUAGAAAUGAUAGAAGCUGCUGUGGGAGAUAUAUGCUCUCCCGCUUUCAUGUUAGCUGUGGAAAUAGUGUCGGCAAAGGAUCGGGCAAAAUUUUAUAUGAUAACGCAGUUAGGUUAUAGAGUAGGAAAUCUAUUACUUGUUCUAAUGGCAUGGCUCUUUCCGUAUUUCAGAACAUUUUUACGAGUCAUCUACACUCCUUUGUUACUUUUCAUACUUUAUAUUUACCUCUUAGACGAAAGCCCAAGAUGGUUGCUUACUAAAGGUAAAAGAAGAAAAGCAGUUAAAAUAUUAGAGAAAGCAGCAAAAACCAAUAACAUUGUACUUGAUAAAUCUUUACUGGAAAAAUUGACGUGUGAGAAAGAAAACAAGUCAGCAGAAAUAGAUUUCACAUCUUUACUUAAAAGUACAUUUUCAUCUAAAGUGUUGCUACAGAGAUUCUUGAUUUGCAUCGUAUGGUGGUCAACUAGUACAUUUGUGUCAGCCGGGUUAGCUAUAAAUUCAGUUUUGUGGGGAGGCAACAAGUACUUUAACUAUGCAAUGAUUCCAGUAGUGGAUAUACUCGCAUCUAUUUUCAUGGGUUACGUUUUAAUCAGGUUUAAGAGAAAAAAGCCUUUGAUUUUGUCGUUUUUGUCUGCAGCAUUAUUUUUUCUACUACAACCUUUUUUACCUUCAGACUUGACGUGGUUGUCCAUAUUAUUUUUCCUGUCGGGAAAGUUCAUGGCUUCAAUAUUUUUCAACAUCACAUACUUGGUGACAUCUGAAUUGUUCCCAACUCACACGAGGAACUCUAUGCACGCUCUCUGUUCAUCUCUCGGAAGAAUCGGUUCAAUAUUAGCGCCACAGACCCCAUUAUUGUUAUCCUAUUGGGUGGGACUUCCUUCCAUCCUCUUCGGGUCUGCAUCACUGAUAGCGGCCAUCGUCACGUUGUUUGUCCCGGACACGGCAGAUGACUCGUUACCCGACACUGUGCAUCAAGCUGAAUUUGUCGGAUCAAACGAAAGGAGAAAAGAACAAGAAGUAGAAUUGAUUUAAUAACAAAACUGAUUAAUUAAUGAUUCUGUUAAAUAAUUCCUAACAUUCGUUGAAAAUAAAGUUUCUUA